CUGAUGGCGGUGCUCGGUGACAGCGGAGGCCGGGUUCGUUAAUGUUGAGGGAUGGAAGAGAGAAUGUGGUAGCCCUCAGUUUACGCCGGGGUUAGGUUCCAGAAGGACUGGUUGUAAAUUGAAACCCAGUUUAUAAUGUUUUCUACUAUGCAAACUCUAUUUGUAAGAAGAAAAAAUCAAUUCAAGUAAUCAUCUACUGAGUUUCAUACAGGACUGUAACAUGGCAGGACAGUUCCGUAGUUAUGUCUGGGACCCAGUCCUUAUCAUUUGCCAGAUUAUUUUGAUGCAGCUUAUCUACUACAGUUCACUGGGUCUCUGGCUCGGAUCUCUGGACUUACUGAUUCAACACGGCCCUUCCCUUGAUCAGAUAUUUAAUGAUGGGAUUUUGGGAUUUUCCACAGUACAUGGAAGAGUCACCAUGAUGGCUUUCAUCUUGAACUCAUUGACCUGUGCAUUGGGUCUUUUGUACUUUAUUCGUAGGGGAAAACAAUGUUUGGAUUUCACUGUAACAGUUCACGCAUUUCACCUUUUUGGGUGUUGGAUAUAUACAUCCCAUUUUCCUAUCACAAUAACAUGGUGGCUUCUGAACAUUGUCUGUGUUGCUUUAAUGGCAGUUAUUGGAGAGUAUCUCUGCAUGCGAACAGAACUUAAAGAAAUUCCUCUCAAUUCAGCACCCAAAAGCAAUGUUUAGACUUUAUUAGCCCAGCAGACAUUUUUUAACUUACCUCUCAAAUGUUAAGAUCUUCAGUAUUCUCCAUUUUUACAUACUAACUGCUUUUUAGUCUUGUUUCUGGCAUUUGUUUUUACAAUUUUGGGGCAGAGUUAUUCAUCCUCCAAUUCUAUGGAUUCACACCAGCCUCUUGAAAAUGAUCAGUCUGCUAAGAAACAAAUGGAUCAAAUUGCACAUUUCUAUAUUGUUAAGUUUUACUUUGCACAGAAUACCGUUUUAGAAAACUCUUCAUGUUGAUUUUUUUUUUCUGUAUUUUUUUUUUUAUUGUGGUUAAGAGAAAAAAAGCAAGCAUUCAUGUGCAUUUUAUGGUAGAAAAAUCAGUUUAAAAAAGGUUAUUGCUGCUCAAUCUCUGCCACUGAUCACAGACUAAAAGUCUUAUAAAUAUAAGCUUUGUUUUACAGUUGGAAGAGAAAAGCUCAGGCACAGUGCAUAAGCUAGGAACGUAUGUAUUGAGAGGCAAUCACUUUUAUAUUGAUUUGUGUAUCUGACACACUGACAGCUUGGGAUCAUAAAAGGAUACAUUUUAGUGUCUUAUUAGUAUUUGACUUCGCAUUUACCAAUUUUCUUCCUUGGAAGCUUCUUAUAAUAUGACUUAAGUAAUAACUUUUGAUAACAUGGAUACCCCUUACUUAUACUCUAGCUUGGCAAGACCACAUACUACAAAUAUGGUAUGUGAAUGCUGCACUUGUGUUUUUGUUAGUUUGUUGUUUUUUUUGCACACCAGAGACUGCUAAACGGGAGUGAGUCAUAGUGGUCAUUUAUUUAUUACUAGUCUUAAAUCCCGUUACACUGGCCAAAGUCACCUCUCCCUCAUCCUCCCCCCCCCCCCCCCUCCCUGUGCUCUCAACUUUUUUAUUUUAUUUUUCUGCAGCUUAGAGGUCCCACCCGCCCCCCUGCCCCACAUGUAAGGCCUCGCAGUCUUUCUCGUGCAGACACGUGCCACUGAUGCUCACGCGCCACUACUAAGCCUCCCAGCGGACAUGCGCGCAGUCUCCUACCGAUUGCUGGACCCUUCUUCUUACAGCCAGGUAUGUUUGUCUUGUGAUGCAGUACAGUCUCUACUGCGCAAGACUGCAUCGGAAAUACAUACCUGGCCUUUUAUAAUAUAGGAUGGGUGAGAACGGCUAAAUAGAGGUAAUACAGUAAAGUUAAUAAAUUAAUAGGGCAGGAAACCUUAACAGAUGAUCCCUUGUGUGCUGCUAUUUAUCCAUCAGUAGGUUAAAAAGAAUCAAUCAGAAGGUAUUAAAAAAAAAAAAAAUCAAAAGAAAUCUGGCCAUGAUCUAUAAAAAGCAAUUUCAAAGCUAUUAAAGGGAUACUAAACCCAAUUUUUUCCUUUCAUGAUUCGGAUAGAGCAUGCAAUUUUAAGCAACUUUCUAAUUUACGCCUAUUAUCAAUUUUUCUUCGUUCUCUUUCUUUCUUUGAAAAAGACAUCUAAGCUAAGGAGCCAACCAAUAUUUGUGUCAGUACACUGGACAGCGCUUGUUUAAUGGGUGCAUUUAGCCACCAAUCAGCAAGCACAACCCAGGUGUGGCUUCUAACUUACAUUCUUUUCAAAUAAAGAUAGCAAGAGAAUGAAGAAAAAGUAAUAAUAGGAGUAAAUUAGAAGUUGCUUAAAAUUGCCUGCUCUAUCUGAAUCAUGAAAGAAAAAGAAAUGGGUUCAGUGUCCCAUUUUAAAUAUACCUGUUAAAACAAAACAGUUGGCCUUUCAUCUUAUUAGCAGCUGUUAAACAUACGUUUUCAGUAGAAUUGUGUGGGGGCUGGCUUAGCCUGUGUCUUACAGCCACUUGUAAGGACUGGUUAUUUAUUGUGUUACAGCCUGUGGUUUCUGAUCUAAAAAAAGAGAUCUAAGAAUUAAAUAGCAUUGUCUAAUAGAUCAACAAUAUUUGGAGUAGUUCAUAAUAGGACAUGUGCAUUGGUUUUCAGACAGCUAAUACUCAAAAAAAAAUUGUCCCGUAAUUCAAACUUUUCAUUCACAGAUAACUAAUAUCAUAUCACUUUUUAUUAAUUAAAGAAUCAACAAAAUAAUUAGUUGCUUUAUUUGGUAAAAGGAUAAGUCAAAUCUAAAAAAUAUUUUAUAUUUGGUUAUCCCCUGAACAAAUUAAUCCCCCCCGCCCCUUUUUUUUUUCUUUUUUUAUUUAUGAAUUAGUUGCAUCAUUUGCUAUUCAUUUGUGAACAAAAUAAAAGAAUGGAAAAAAAGUUGUUAUACAACACAUUAGGCCAAAAAUGUGUGCAUUUGUCUAGUUAUUCUGGUUUGGAUUAUAGAGUCAGUUUCUUUAUAACUAAUUCAGGUUUGUAAGUUAUUGCAAACCUGGGACAUAAAGGGGGAAUAAGAAAAUAUUCUAAUGUAUUUGAGUGUGCCCUAUUGCUCAACUAUACUUAUAUGUUUAAAGGGACACUCAAUCAAAAUUAAACUUUCAUUAUUCAGAUAGAGCAUGCCAUUUUAAACAACUUUCCAAUUUACUUCCCUUAAGAAAGUGUGUGCAGUCUUUUUAUAUUUAAACUUUUUGAGUCACCAGCUCCUACUGAGCAUGUGCAAGAAUAAGUGUGUAUGUAUUUGUGAAUGGCUUAUUGCAGUCACAUGGUAUGUAUAUGCAUUUGUGAUUGGCUGAUGGCUGUCACAUGGUACAGGGGGAAUGGAAAAAGACAUAACUUUUAAAAUUGUCAGAAAACAAAAUCUACUCAUUUCAAGUUCAGACUAAGUGCUAUUGCAUUGUCUUGUUAUCUUGCAUUUGUUGAUUAUGCAAAUCUACAGUGUUGACUGGUCCUUUAAUUCCUGCACAAUUAGUUAGCUCUGGGCUGGCAAUGCAUUACUGAAGGUGAAUACCUCUAAGCCAAUCAGAUACAGCAUAUGUAUAUAGGCACAAGUAGAGCAUAUAAAUACUGUCACAGGCUUUUUUGUCCUUUUAACCAAUUAAAUCCGGUAAAAUACAAUGCUGUAAUAAAUGCUGCAAAACACAGCUCUCAUUUUAGAAUA